AUGCUCGCAAGAAUUAUUUUCCAACGAAAUUUAUCCACGAAACCUAUAGUUACUCGAGAAACAGUACAACAAAUUAUUAACCCAUCGGAAAAAUAUAUUGAUGAAUUUAUGGUAUCUUAUGGAAAACGCCCUGAUUUUAGAAGAUCUGAUUUCAAGAUUUGGGAUAAAAAUCCAAAAUCGGAUAGAUUUUUCUACACACCAAAGGAUAGCACAAAACUUAUCGCAACUUAUCAACUGUCAUUUUAUCCUAGUCUUCAUAAACCAUCUGAACAUCUUUCAUUUGGCGGAUUGCUUUGGAUAAAUCCGGAAUAUCGUGGAAAAGCACUUAUGAAAAUAUUGCAAGAAGAUAUGCUAAGUCACAAAUUAUUGCGUCGUCCAUUUACAGCAAGUCUUGUUCCAGCAGCAAUACAUUUUGUUACAAAAGUUAGUGGAGGACCAAUGCAUCAUCAUUUGAAAUAUAAUGUGACUUAUUAUAAACCGGAUGAUUUGCAAAUUCCGACAGAUUUGGAUAUUGAUGGAAUUCGUGUUGUGGUGAGUGUAAUUGCGGAUUGUUGUUCUACAAUUUUAUGAACUUACAAAAUGAAUAGUUAUAUUAUUGUCUGCUCAUAUUCGAAUUUAAUUUUUUUUAGGAUUUCGAUGAAUCACAAUCUCGCAAUAUUGUUCAAUACGAUCAAGCAAUUUUCCCAUAUAAUCGAGAAAAAUUGAUGCUGGCCAAUUUUUCGGAUCCAAACAACAUUGUGAAAAUUGCCUAUGAUUCGGAAGGAAAUGUAAUCGGUUUUGGAUAUUUGGCAUUAUUCGAUUCUGGUGUAGCAAUUAUGUAUGCAUUAUAUGCUGAUAAUGUAAAUGUUACUCAUGCUAUUUUUGCUAAUAUUUUGACUGAAGCACCGAUGCAUAGAAUCAAAAGCUUUGAGAUUCGGCAACCCGAUACAUCCUACAAGUAAGAAUUUUCAGCAACAAAAAAUUAUAAAAACCUCGAAGUCCCGAUUUUCAGAUGGAUUCAACCUUUCGUAGUCAAUGAACCGAAAACAGUGCACAUGGCAACUUUGGUUUCCACAGAACCUGAAAUUGAUUUCGAUAUGAAGAAAGUUUACAUCAACUCGCAUCCGGCCUGUUGUCCCGUUUGA